AUGCUGAAUUACUUUCUGCUGUGCUCUUGUAUUGUUCCUGCUUUGUUAGGUGCACCGAUUCCGAUAGGGCAAAACGAUAUUGCUUCCCAUAUUGUUAUUGUUACACCGCAAGCUCAAGUUCAUCUAGAACCGGCAAUUAAGUACGAUACUGCUGCAUUUAUUCAUCAUCUCUCCCCAUUAGCUCGCAUCUCAUCUCCAAAUGAUGAGACUAUUUUCUACGUUCCAGCUAAUACUGCUGCUCCAAUUAUUCCCGUUGAAAACAUAAGCGUAGGACGUGCAAAUAUCAAAGAACAACCACAGAAACUAGAAACAAAACAAUGGGAUCAGAUUUCACAGCAAAUUCAACAAGCUGUGCAAACUGGUUCAUCUCAGUUAGGACCGCAGUUAAGUGAAGCAGCAAGUGCAGCCUCCAGCGCUGCCGCAGCUGCCGGCCAAGGUCUAUUUCCCGCCUUAUUUCCGCCAGGCGGUAGUUCAUCAUCCAACAUUGCAAAUAAGAAUGAUAAGCCCACAAUCGAAUCUUUAUUAACCAGCAAUGCUCGUGUCUAUGCACUCACUCCGGCUGUGUCCCAUGUUGUCGAUUUUAUUCACUCACCCUUAUUCAUCGGACCAAUUUCAGCUAUACGAACACGCAGUAUACAAGAAAGUGAAACCCGGACUCAAUCACCCGAAGCAUCAGUGCUUGAGACUAAAGCUCUAAAUGAAAUACCCUUCAAUGCCAAUAUAAAGACUUCUGGUGACAUUAAAAAAAUACAGCCACAACAAGAACUUAAAGGCAAUUUAGAAAAGAGCAAAUUCGAUGAAAAUUAUAAUAAUGAACAAAAGGAACAACGUUUUGGUAAUAUAUUACCACAGCCAUUAAAGGAGGAAGUUAAUCAACAUCAAUCUACGCAACUUAAAAAUUCAGGUUUUAUUGGUGGUAAUGAAGGAAUUCGUGAAAAAGUUUCUAAAUCAUUGAACUCUAAGGUAGCUUAA